AUCUUGCUGGUUCACUGAUGUAACACUUUGUUUUUCAUUCUGAUAUUAAGCUCAUUAUGUAAGGAAUUCAUGUAUUGCCCUUUGCCCUGGACACAUGAAGCUCAAUCCUCCAUGGCCUAUAUUUCUGAUUCUAUAAGGAGUCUACUUUCUUACUGGGUUUGUGAUAAUGUUGUGGACUGUGGACCGCAGUACACAAGCAUUUAUGAUGUGGAUUUGUUAGUCAGCAGCAGAGAUGAGACCUAUUGGAGGAUCGCAGCCUGUCAGUUCUGUUAAUGAUCAGCUCCUCCCUUAACAAGAGGACACUGGGACAUAUGCUCUCUCAGUGAGUGGGACUUGGUCUGACAGUGAGGGUGAAGCUGAAGCCAUUCGGGGGUUUUAUCAGAUCUGAUCGCAGUCUGCCCUCAGAGGACCUUACUGAAGGGCAGUCAUGCGCCUGAUAGGGUCCGCUGUGCUUUUCUCUGUCCUGCUUCAGGCUAUGUCUACCCCGCCAGAGGAAUGGCAGACAGCCACGUCUAUUUAUGACUUCUCAGCAACAGAUAUUGAUGGCAAUUUGGUUUCCCUAGAAAAAUACAGGGGGAAUGUUGUCAUCAUCACCAAUGUCGCCUCUAAAUGAGGUAAAACCCCUGUAAACUACUCUCAGUUUACCGAGAUGCACGCCAAGUACGCUGAGAGAGGUUUACGCAUCCUCGCUUUCCCUUCUAACCAGUUUGGGAACCAGGAGCCUGGCACUGAGGCUCAGAUCAAGCAGUUUGCAAGUUCUUACAACGCUCAGUUUGACAUGUUCAGUAAGAUCGAUGUGAACGGGGCCAGCGCUCAUCCUCUGUGGAAGUGGCUGAAAGAGCAGCCCAACGGGAGAGGCUUCCUGGGAAAUAGCAUCAAGUGGAAUUUCACUAAGUUUUUGAUCAACAGAGAGGGUCAGGUGGUGAAGCGAUACGGACCCAUGGAUAACCCAAGUGUGGUGGAGAAGGAUCUUCCCCAAUACUUGUAAACGCCUAAUGGAUGAUUUAUGACUCACUGGCCAAUUUUUGGUCCAUAUUGUCACCCUUUCAUAACCUUUCUCUGCCUCUCCAAGCACCGAUGAAUAUAGUUUUGGUCUACCCCAGACCAGUGACGGUCUGUUCACGAAACCGCAUGGCGGACAGAGCAGACCUGAUGUAAAUGGCGUGCAAACCUGCUGGGCGUACUGGGCUUGCCUUCAUUUGGUUCUCUGGCGAGAAGGAGAAAGGAUGCUUGAAUGUAACUCUUUUCAUGGGUGAAUGUGAAGAAUUGCCUUCAUAAUAAAACUAACUAACGUUUUGUUCUAAUGAUA